GAUUACAAAUGUUUUGAACUUCGACUCCUUCGGUAAAAUUUUUUUUUGACAUAAAUACAUAUGAUUUUUGAUAGUCUAAAUCCAUGCUGAAUGCUCAUAAAAGGAUUUUUUUUUUCGAAAGAUCAAAUGGAUUAAAGUCUCUUUUUAACGUCCUUCAAAUAUUAGAUAAGAAUUGUUACUAUCAUUGCAUAAAAAAACAGAAAAACGUAGUUAAGUUGUCAAAGUUUUUAUAAUUGUGUAAUUUUGUGAAAUUGAUAGACAGUCCUGUAGCAAACUAUUCUUAACAUUAAUUGGUAAAGGAUAAAAUUAAAAUUCAAUAUGAUCCGUAGAAUUGCAACAGUCAGAAAUAAGUUGAAGAUUUUAUCUCGAAGAUAUUUAUCAGCAAAUUUCCAACAGCCAGACAUUCAGCGAAAUGUUAUUGAGUCACCGGCUAUUAUUACAGGGGAAAGUAAGUUUACGCCAGGUGAAACAUACAGUAAUUUCUUAUGUACAAGAGCAGAAAAUGUACCAGAAUUUGCUUUAACAAGUUAUACAUUUAAACAUAACAAAACUGGAACGGAACUGUGGUAUAUUGACAGAGAUGAUCAGAAUAAUGUAUUUUCCAUUAAUUUUCGAACGACACCAUUCGAUUCUACUGGAUUACCUCAUAUUUUAGAACAUAGUGUCUUAUGUGGCUCUGAAAAGUAUCCUGUAAGGGACCCAUUUUUCAAAAUGUUGAACAGAUCAGUAGCAACGUUUAUGAACGCUAUGACCGGUCCAGACUAUACACUUUACCCGUUUUCUUCUAUGAAUGAAGUAGAUUAUAGAAAUCUACAGAAAAUUUAUCUCGACGCUGUAUUCAAGCCAAAUUUAGAAUAUUUGGACUUCUUGCAAGAAGGAUGGAGAUUAGAACACUCAAUUUUAAAAGAUAAACGAUCUGAUUAUGUAAUUAAAGGAGUAGUUUAUAACGAAAUGAAAGGUGCUUUUUCCGACAAUACUUCAAUAUUCGGAGAACAACUGCUAAAUAGUAUUCUUCCCGAUCAUACAUAUGGAUUUGUUUCUGGAGGUAAUCCAUUAGAUAUUCCGAAGUUAACUCAUCAAAAUUUAGUUGAUUUUCACAAAAAAUACUACCAUCCAAGUAAUGCAAGAAUAUAUUCGUAUGGUCGUUUUGAUUUGAAACCAUCGUUAGAAUAUAUAGAUCGAGAAUAUUUACAAAAAUAUGACAAAAUUGACAAUUCAUACAGCAAAAUACCCAGUCAAACACGUUGGACUGAACCAAGAAAUGUUCAUAUAUAUAGCCGUUUCGAUAACAUGGGGGCGCCAUUUGAAAAACAAAAUCAAAUUUCAAUAGCUAUGCUUAUGAGUGAUAUUACGGAUAUAUAUGAAAAUCUAGUACUUUCAGUUUUAUCGAAUUUAUUGAUAAGAGGUCCCAACUCCUAUUUUUAUAAGUCGUUAAUAGAACCCAACAUUUCUGGUGGGUACAAUGGAACAACUGGGUAUGAAUCGAACUUGAAAGACACCCUAUUUAGCGUUGGAUUACAAGACAUAAAAGUUGACGACUUUUCAAGAGUUCAAAAAAUUUUUAAGGAAACAAUUCACAAAGUUGCCGAAAAUGGAUUUGAAAAGGAUCAUAUCGAAAGUGUUUUACAUAAUAUAGAGUUAUCUUUAAAACAUCAAACCCCACAAUUUGGUUUAGGAUUAUUGUUUAACAUGACUCCGUUAUGGUCACAUGAAGGGAACGUUGUAGACUCUCUAAAGGUUUCAAAUAUGAUUCAGCUUUUUAGAGAUUCCUUGAAAAACGAUCCAAAAUAUUUGCAAAAGAAAAUUGAGCAAUAUUUCAUAAACAACAAACAUAAACUAACUUUAACCAUGACUCCUGAUGAUGAAUACGAAAGUAAAUUCCAAAAGGCAGAACAAGCUUUAUUAGCUGAAAAGGUUAAAAAUUUAACAGAAGAUGACAAAAUUCGUAUAUACGAAGAUGGAUUGAAACUAGAUGAAAGUCAAAAAGCUCCACCAAAUACGGAGCUUUUACCAUGUCUAUCAAUUGCUGACGUACGAGAACCUCCGCAAGCAACAGGUUUAAAUGUUGUUAAGGUUAAAAAAUGUCCAACACAAAUAUGCGCGGUUCCAACGAAUGAAAUUUCGUACUUAAAAGUUUUGUUUGAUUCAGCACCUUUAACAAAAGAAGAAAUUUAUUUAAUUCCAUUAUUCUGUGAUGUGAUUAAUGAAAUGGGAACAAAAAAAUAUGAUUACAGAACAUUUGAUAAAAUUGUUACCAGUUCAAUGUCUGGGAUAGGGUUUAAAUUACAUUUUGCUGAAAAUAUAUACGAUAGUAAAACUUACGAUCUUGGAAUUCUAAUGACAACUCAUGCUUUAGAUCACAAUGCAAGUAAAAUGUUUGAAUUAUGUCAAGAACUUUUGUGCAACUUCAAUAUGAAUGAUGUUCAACGUUUUAGCAUGCUUCUAGACAAUUAUUUAUCAUCUCUUUCUGUUGGAAUUACACAAUCGGGACAUUUAUAUGCCAUGCAAAGUUGCAAUGGUUUGGUUACAGAUUCAGCAAAAUUAAAAUCAAUUCUAGCUGGAGUUGAACAUAUAGAAUACAUGAAAAAAUUAACAGAAACUCAAAAACCAGAACAAAUAAUGGGCAAUAUAACACAGCUUGGUCACAAAAUAUUCAAUGCUUAUACAAUGAGAGUAGCUGUCAACACAACAGAAACUUUUUUGCCUACGUUAAUUAAAGAAUAUGAAAAAUUCGUGCAACAAUUACCAAACAUAGAAAGAACAAAGCCAGAAAACAAAAUAAAUUUGUUAGAGCCAAGUUGUCAACAUUUUGUAAUGAAUAUACCUGUAAAUUAUUGUGCAAAAGCAUUUAUGACUGUGCCAUAUACCCAUAGAGAUCACCCAACUUUAAGACUAUUAGCUAAAUAUAUCUCUGCCAAAUAUUUGUUACCCGUAGUACGAGAACAAAAUGGAGCGUAUGGUUCUGGUGCAAAGUUGAAUUCUGAUGGUAUCUUUAAUUUUUUCAGUUAUCGUGAUCCAAAUUCGACAAAAACAUUAGAUACCUUUGAUAACACUUACAACUGGUUAAAGAAGAACACAAGUGUGCUAAAUGAACAAACACUAUUUGAAUCAAAAUUAGGAGUAUUGCAGCAAUUAGAUGCACCAAUAGCACCGGGAAAUCGUGGAAAUGAAUUUUUCUUGUAUGGUAUAUCAGAAGAAAUUUUCCGCAAAUACAGACAGAAAGUAUUAAAUGUUACAGUUGAUGAAUUAAAUAAUUGUAUAGAAAAAUAUUUCAAAAAUCAACCUGAACAUUAUGGUAAAACAAUAUUAGGUCCGGAAAAUAGUGAUAUUGCUAAAAGUAGUGGAAAUUGGAAGACAAUAACGCAGAAUAACUAAAUUUUAGCUUUAAUUUAAUAUUAACAAAUUCUAUUCAUAGUAGAAUUUUAUAACUAAAUACAAUAAAACGAAUGUUAAAUUUAAAAUACAAGUUAUUUUUAUUAUUUA